AUGUCAACUGGCGUAAACGAUCGAAAUAUCUUUGCAGGGGCAAAGAUCAAGCGCCAAGAACACGAGACGUAUCUCGAACGUUUGAACAGCAUCAGAAGGAACAUAAUACAGUUACUGCACUUUGGCAAUGUGGUCCCUUUCCAUUGGAAUUCUAGAGGCUUUAAGUGCUUCUACUGCGGCAAGCACAUGAAAGACUGCGAUAUGUUAAAAGAACACACCAUCAACCAUAAGUCGAUCGAUCUAGAAAAGUUUAUUCCACAAAGAGUAAUUUCUAAAGAUGUACCGGUGAAAAUAGAUGUGGCUGAAAUCGCUUGCAAAGUAUGUUCUGCUGACGUAAGUAAUGUGGACGAGUUGAUCGCACAUAUCGUUUCUCAACACGACCAAGAAUACGACGGAUCGAACGGAGUGUGCGUUUUCCCGUUCGUCCUUAACAAACAGUUGAUGCAGUGCGUUCUCUGCGAUGGUGAAUACGACAACUUCACCUGCAUCCUCGCGCACAUGUUCAAGAAGCACAUCGAGCACAGAUAUAUUUGUCAGAUUUGCGGCCUUAGCUUCAUCGACCAAGUCAGACUGAAGAGGCAUAUCAAUAACAGUCAUAACGGAUACAGGUGUAAGGUGUGCGGGAAAAUAUUCGACGCGUUCCACAAAUUGGACAAACACAAGCAGCGAAUACACGGGCAAGUGCGAUCACAUGGAUGCAGUUUAUGCAGUGCGACUUUUGCUACUCCGUACCAAGUUAAAGUACAUAUGGGCAAAGUGCAUAACGUGGAGAAAUAUAGGAUACAAUGUGAACACUGCCCAAAAAUCUGUACGACAAAAGGGGCGAUGCUACUACACGUGCAGUCUCUACACUCGGAUGCCAGAUAUGAAUGUGAUCUCUGUGAAUAUAGAACCGGGAUCAAAUGGAUGUUAAAGUUACACAAACGGAAGCAUUUCGGGGAGAAAAAUUACAAAUGCAGCAUAUGCGAGAGACGCUUUGGAAGAUCGAGUAACCUGCGAGCGCAUAUGAAAGUGCACACGGGCCAUUUUGGACGCGUAUGCCGAUGGUGUAGACAUGGAUUUGCUGAUUUUGAUACUUUAAACGCACACGAAAAGGAAUCUCAUUACUACGAACAAUAUAAAUGA